AUGAGAGUUCUGCGGGUUCUCAAGGAUGGGGAACUGGCUUUGACUCACCUAUUCUCGCCAUCCCAGCCAAUUCCCAGAACAUUCCAUCAUCCUCACCUUCUCCGCAACAGCACAACCCAACACCGGACUGUUCCUUUCGCGCUGUUCAGGAUGGCUUCCACUCUGCCGCGUCGUCCUGAGUGGACUGCCAGUCAAGUUAGGGAGACUUUCUUGGAUUAUUUCAAGAAGAAUGGCCACACUUUCGUGCCUUCAUCUUCGGUGGUCCCUCUAUCGGACCCUACUCUGCUCUUCACAAAUGCUGGUAUGAACCAGUUCAAGUCGAUUUUCCUAGGAACUGUCGAUCCCCAGUCCGACUUUGCGCAGCUCAAGCGUGCCGUCAACUCUCAGAAGUGCAUCCGUGCCGGUGGAAAGCAUAAUGAUCUCGACGAUGUCGGGAAAGAUAGCUACCACCAUACAUUCUUCGAAAUGUUGGGUAACUGGAGUUUUGGCGACUACUUCAAGAAGGAUGCGAUCCGGUAUUCCUGGGACCUGUUGACGAAAGUAUACGGUUUAGACCCGGACCGCCUCUACGUUACGUACUUUGAAGGAAGUGAAGCCGGUGGCCUGGAGCCAGACCUGGAAGCCAAAGAACUGUGGAGAUCGGUCGGUGUCGCUGAGGACCACAUCCUUCCUGGAAACAUGAAGGAUAACUUCUGGGAAAUGGGUGACCAGGGUCCCUGCGGUCCUUGCAGUGAGAUUCACUAUGACCGCAUCGGCGGACGCAACGCUGCGCAUCUGGUCAACCAGGAUGAUCCUGAUGUUCUUGAGAUCUGGAACAACGUCUUCAUCCAAUACAACCGCGAACCCGACCGUUCUUUGCGGCCCCUUCCCAACAAGCACGUUGACACAGGAAUGGGCUACGAAAGAUUGGUUUCUAUACUGCAGGACAAGUCUUCGAACUACGACACAGAUGUCUUCCUUCCUUUGUUCAAGAAGAUCCAGGAAAUUACCGGCGCACGAGACUACCAGGGACGUUUCGGUGCCGAGGAUCCAGACGGUAUCGACACAGCAUACCGUGUGAUCGCGGACCACGUCCGUACGCUGACCAUCGCCAUCACGGACGGGGCUGCUCCAAACAACGAAGGUCGCGGUUAUGUGAUUCGUCGAGUCCUUCGUCGAGGAGCCCGGUUUGCUCGCAAGUAUUUCCAAGUCGAGAUUGGAAGCUUCUUUUCCAAGAUCGUGCCCACCGUUGUCGAGCAGAUGGGCGGCAUGUUUCCGGAGUUGCAGAAGAAGCAGGCUGACGUUAUGGAGAUCUUGGAUGAAGAAGAAAUCUCCUUCGCUAAGACUCUGGACCGCGGUGAGAGACAGUUUGAGAACUAUGCACAGCAAGCCAAGGUCAAGGGCUUGGACAAACUGCACGGUGCUGAUGUUUGGAGGCUGUACGACACCUUCGGCUUCCCUGUGGACCUGACUCAAAUCAUGGCUGAAGAACGCGGCUUGCGCAUCGAUGAUGCCGAGUUUGAGGAAGCGAGACUGAAAGCCAAGGAGGCAAGCAGAGGCGAAAAGAAAGCUGCUGCUGAUACUGUCAAACUGGACGUGCACGACCUUGGAAAGCUGGAAAAGAUGAACGAUGUACCCAAGACCGAUGACAGUGCCAAGUUUGAGAGGGGCAACAUCAGCGCCCAGAUCAAGGCUAUCUACCAUGCCAAGAAGUUCGUUUCCUCCACGGAUGAGAUACCAGAAGGGGAACAACUCGGUAUCAUCCUUGACCGCACAAAUUUCUACGCAGAGCAAGGUGGACAGGAAAACGACACAGGCAAAAUUAUCAUCGAUGGAAAGGCCGAACUUGAGGUCGGUGAUGUCCAAUCAUACGCCGGUUACGUUCUACACACUGGUACUAUGAAAUAUGGAUCUUUCUCUCUCGGUGAUACGGUUAUUGCUGAAUACGAUGAGCUUCGUCGGUGGCCCAUCAGGAACAACCAUACCGGAACGCAUAUUCUGAACUUCGCCCUGAGAGCGAUUCUUGGCGAUGGAAUCGAGCAAAGAGGCUCGCUUGUUGCGGCGGAAAAGCUACGAUUCGACUUUUCGCAUAAGUCGGCCAUCUCCGACAGCGAUCUGGCGAAGAUUGAGGACAAAUCAACCGAGUAUAUCCGCCAAAAUUGCGCUGUCUACUCGAAAGAAGUCCCGUUGGCAACAGCUCGGGAAAUCGCGGGAGUUCGCGCUGUCUUCGGUGAGACGUACCCAGAUCCUGUCCGCGUUGUCUCCGUGGGAGUUGAGUUGGAGGAGAUCUUGAAGAACGUCAAGGACCCGCGGUGGGAAGAAGUCAGCAUCGAGUUCUGCGGUGGAACCCAUGUGCAGAAAACCGGAGACAUCAAGGACCUCAUCAUCUUGGAAGAAAGCGGUAUUGCGAAAGGCAUCCGUCGUAUAAUCGCCGUGACCGGUGAGGAAGCUCAUGAGGUGCAGAGGGUGGCUCAAGAGUUCGAAAAGCGCGUAGACUUGCUUGAUAAGCUGGAAAUGGGCCCCAAGAAAGAGCAAGAAGCGAAGCAGAUCCAGGUUGAGCUGAGCCAGCUCUCGAUAUCCGCAGUGCACAAGGCGAAAUUGCGCGAGCGCUUUAACCAGAUCAACAAGCAAGUUAUCGAGGGCCAGAAGGCUCAGCAGAAACUCGAGUCCAAGAAGGCGCUUGAGACAAUUACGACUUACUUCCAGGAUCCCGAGAACAAGGAUAAGCCUUGGCUAGUUGUGAGACUCCCCAUUUCUGCCAACGCCAAGGCAGUUAGCGAGUCUCUCAAUUAUGUCAAGUCGAAGCUUUCAGACAAGGCUGUGUAUGUCCUGGCUGCAGAUUCUGAACAGGGCCGGGUGUCUCACGGGUGCUAUGUCCCCAAGAACCUGGGCGAACAGGGCGCCUCGCCAAAUGAGUGGGCUGGUGUUGUUGCUGGAGCUGUUGGUGGUAAGGCUGGAGGUAAGGCUCCUACUGCUAUUGGCAGUGGCACAAACGUCGAUAAGGUGGAUGAAGCCAUCGCUCAGGCUACGGAAUACCUUCAGAAGUUUAAGUUGUAA